GGAAGACAAGAACCUGACCGGAACUGCGCGCUACGCCUCCAUCAACGCGCAUCUUGGGAUUGAGCAGAGUAGACGCGAUGAUAUGGAGAGUUUGGGAUACGUUCUCAUGUACUUCAACAGAGGUUCCCUACCCUGGCAGGGGCUCAAGGCAGCCACCAAGAAGCAGAAGUAUGAAAAGAUUAGUGAGAAGAAGAUGUCAACUCCAGUCGAGGUUCUCUGCAAGGGGUUUCCUGCUGAGUUUGCUAUGUAUCUAAACUACUGCCGUGGACUACGGUUUGAAGAGGCACCAGACUACAUGUAUCUCAGGCAGCUUUACAGAAUCCUUUUCCGCACCCUGAACCAUCAGUAUGAUUACACAUUCGACUGGACAAUGUUGAAGCAGAAGGCGGCGGCAAGCGCCGCUGUUGGAGGAUCCCAGGCCCCUGUUCCCGGACCUCCGGGACAAGCUCCACGAUAAACCAGCACAGGAAUUACAUGGAAUCCAUUCAGGACGUUUCUACCCACGCCACCUGGUUUAAUCCUAUCCGAUCCAGAUCCUUUCAUCGAGACUCGUCAAAACAGCUCCAGAUGUUCCUCGAUAAAUAUUACACCCACCCUCCCCCUUCCUUCUUGUCAAAUUAUUUUUUUCAAUGAUUUGCUGGUCACUAGCUAAUGAUCCACUUUCUUGACUAUUCGCUUUUUUCCAAGUCCACAUUUUAUACCUAAAGCACAUCCUCCCUAGCCCUGUCCCAGUAAACUACCUUCAUCUGGUUGGAUCCCGAUUCUCCUUCUCUUCUUAACAGAUGAGAUUGUUCCUGUUCCUCUCUAGGGUCCACUCUCUACCCUGCUGCUGCCGGACCUCUGUUCCAAGGGCCAGUUAACAGUUGAGAAUGUUCCUGUUCCUAUCUACGGUCCACUCUCUACCCUGCUGCUGGCGGACCUCUGUUCCAAGGGCCAGUUAACAGUUGAGAAUGUUCCUGUUCCUAUCUACGGUCCACUCUCUAUCCUACAGCUGUCGGACCUCUGUUCGAAGGGCCAGUUAAAUCCUAUAGUCUGAUUUAUGGUAACAUUUCCAAAACGGUUUCAAGCCAAUAAGAAACCUUGGGAUUGCUUUAUCAACAAUUUUUUUUUGUAAAACCCGUAUUUCUGUCUCUUUUUUGACGUAACAUCCGUUUAGAUUUAGA